GCCUUUGUUUAUGUUUCAACGGCUUACUCGCACUGCGUUUACAAUAAAAUCGAAGAAAAUUUCUAUAAGUCACCUAUGAAAACAGAAGACAUAAUUAGAUUGACAGAGAUUUUAACCGAAGACCAAUUAGAUUUAAUCACCCAAAAGCUACURGGUAAGUGGCCUAACACUUACRCAUUUUCAAAGGCAAUCUGUGAAGAUACAGUAYAACAAUAUUCUAAUGGAACUCCAACUUGUAUCGUUCGGCUAAUUGUUGUUGUAUCAACAGAAAAGGAACCAAUUGCUGGUUGGAUAAACAAUUUGUAUGGACUUACAGGUUUUGCUUUUGGUAGCUUUAAAGGUGUUUUACGAUCACUGUAUUGUAAUGAAAACUUUAUUUKCGACCUAAUUCCUGCUGWWUAUGUUGUCAACAAUAUUAUUCCUGCAUCAUGGGACGUUGCACUAAAACGAUCCAUUUUACAGAGUGUUAAUCUUUCCAGCAGAAGUAAUAAAUAUUUACCUGUAGAUAAAGAUAUUACAGUUUAUAAUGCGGUUUCCUGA